ACGUGGUAUGUUGUUUACGUCUUCCAGGAACGCUGGAAGUGCAGCUGGAGAGAAAGGGGGGGCGGUGGAAUUGUGAAACAGCUUUCCUUCAUAGAGUUACAUUGCUCAUCAUUGAGAAAAAGACCAGUAGAAGUACGUUAACGUCGUGUAAAAUGUCGAGCUGAACUGCCUCAUCUUUGCUCUUGAACGGCGCGAGACUUCCUCAAUAAAGAAUAUAAUGUCUCAGCUUGGAAGCCUGUUUACCCAUAUCAUCUCCAAAUCUCCUGAAAGUGUCCAGGACCAGAGCCCACACCGGACACCUAAACUACCUGACUUUAUUCAACAUGUCAGAAAACUCACUGGAAUAAGAAAGGAAGAUGUUUACUGCAAUCUGCGUAUCCCUGACAAGCUGCAGUCUGCCAAAGAUGACAUAAACAUUGUUAUCCUCACAGGCCAGGGGAUCUUCUGCAUAGAUGUGAAACCCUGGAGAGGCACAGUGUCCGCUCACAACCAGAACUGGCAUUUGCAAGUGAAGGAAGAGGACCAAAACAUAACCAAUACCUGCAUUGAGCAGAUUGAGGAUCCCCUCAAAGCUAUCAAGACCAAGACGGCUAACUUCUGUGGCCAUUUGAAGCGAAGUGGAGUGUCAGUGCACCAAAGCCUCUUCUUCCCCAGGGUUAUCUUCCUCUCCCCAGACUGCGAGCUGGACGAGGAGCUGAGGAAGAAGAGGGAGCUGGUCCUCCAAAGCCAAAUAGACAACUUCCUCAGAUCUUUCAGGGCGGGCUACAUGGCCUGGAUGUCCGACUCUCUGACUCCAUCCUGGCUCUCUGGUCAUCUGUCGUACAGGCAGAUGGAGUCGGUGCGGGAGGUCCUGAGGAGGGUGGGGACGUGGGAUCUGUUGCGCCUGCACUGUGGCGAGCAGCUGAAAGGAGACUUCCAGGGCUGCCAGUACAUCGCUCUCAACCGGCAGGAGACAGACACGCUGGAGUUUUCCAGACUCAAGACCCUGUCGGCUGAUUCGCUGUGGGCCCUGCUGGGACACGCUCCACAGGUGACAGUUAAAAUGUACAAGCGUGGACCUCAGGGCUGGCUGGGCAAAUCCCUGAUCGCCACCACCACCAUCCCCCCCAACACCUGUGUGAUCUUCAGGAUCAGCGGGGAGGAAACAGAUGCCAAAAUCUCAGCAAACACCAUUCACAGCAUCACACUCAGCCACUGACCGUGUGUAUUGGCAAAACAGAGGAUAGCAUCACUGCAUAGCGCUGUGGGAAGAGGAAGCUCUCUUUAAUAUAAAAAAAAAAAAAAAAAACGUUGCUCAAACCUUCUCAUAUUUUUACGAGUGCCUUUUACUAUACAGUGUUUGUACUUUGUGAUAUAAUGUCUUAAAAACAAUUUCUGAAUGUCUUUCCAUGAUUUUGCGAUUGUCAGUGGCAACGAUAUGUUAAUGCAGAUGGUUUCAUAUCAUUACCCUGAUUAACUUUCCCUUGUUUUGGAUUUCUAGGGCUGGCCCACACUCUACACUAGCCAUUCAUUAAUCAUUACGCUAGCUGAUUGUCACGUCAGUUCAGGAUUGAAGUGUUUAAUGUGUUAAUUGUGGCGGCCACAAAGCGGUGGCCCCUGCCCCGAUGAGGGCCGAGCAUCCUACUGCCUCUGUGGGAUUAAUGGGCAGUGAUUUACGGUCUGUUUAGACGGUGUAACUGUAAGGUGCUUUAUUAAUAUGCUCCAGCGCACGGAAGAGAUGAUAACAUAUUCAAGAGCGCACAGGCGCGGCCACUAGCUACAAUUCAUAACUGAGUCACUUUCCAUCAGUUACCAGGCUUGCACAGCUGCGCUAACAGCUAGCAAUUGUAUUUCAUGUGCCUGGUAGUGGGCAAAAUGAAGUUAUUUCCAUCAAGAUACCAGUGCCUUUAGCUAAUGCAA